AUGCACGGAAUCCGGCAGCGCGUCUCCGUCACCGACAAUAGUUUAUUAGCUACCUCUUCAAAUAACUUUACACACCUCAGCGCUCAGCAUCCGAGUCUAAUGGAGAAGCGUGUAGGGCAAACACCGACAAAUUUGACAACGGCUCAACUUACUGGUCCAAGAAUCGCGUUUCUACUUCUAGCGUGUAUAGCUUGGAUACCUCUAAUUUUUGGAACAAGCCUCUUCCAUGUGAGCGGCCUCUUCAAAGGAGGAGGCGCCUUUCCAUUGUCAAAUCCGUUCUCGGAUCUGGCUAAUCACUGCGAGUCUUCCCAACCCAUAACCGCUGCAGAGUUCCACGAACGCCAACGCAGGCUAGCUAGCACUUUGCACCACUUGAACGCCUCUGCAUUCAUUGCUGAACCCGGCGCCAGUGCACACUACUUUGGAAAUAUUUCAACAACUGCUUGGAAACUAUCUGAACGGCCGCUGUUGCUUGUCAUCACACCAGUUCUUGUCAAUGAUAACCAAAUAGAGGCCAAGGUAGCGAUUUUGACCCCGCAGUUUGAGGCCACUCGGGCCAAGAUGCUGCCAAUUCCUCAUGACAGCGUAGAGUACAUCGAAUGGCCCGAGGAAAGAAAUCCUUAUGAGGUCGCGAUCUCAGCGUUGACAAUAGAAGACAAAGUAUACUUGGAUGAAUCCGCUCGUUUGUUCAUCUUUAACGGCUUCCAGAAAGCAUUGUCGAAUAUCAGUGUAGCUCCUUCGGCUCCUGAAAUACAGGAACUCCGUCAACGGAAGUCGGAUGCUGAGAUAGAGCUGCUGAAAUGUGCGAACGAGGCCACGCUCCUUGCUAUAAGGGCAGUACAUAAGAAGAUGACCAUUGGUAUGAAGGAGUCGGAGGCUAGGAGGAUGAUGUCUAUGGCUCUCAAAGUGGCUGGUUUAGACAACGGAGGUUGUUUAACCCUUUUCGGAGAGAACGCUGCUCUUCCUCAUGGAAGCGGUUCGGAUCGAGUCUUGGGCCAGUCCGAUUUUGCUCUCUUUGAUUGUGGAGGAAGCCUGCAUGGUUAUGUUAGCGAUGUCACUCGCACUGUGGCUCUUCCCAAAACGAAAGUUCCCUCAGAGCAUCAAGCAAUAUGGAGUGACGUUCUCUCUGCUCAAACGGUUGCUGCUCGCGUUGCCAAAGCGGGUGCUAUUGCUCAAGACAUUGAUGCGUCCGCAAGGUCUUUUCUCAAUCUUACAGGUCGUGGCGCCUACUUUACACAUAGAUUGGGACACGGAAUUGGAUUGGAAGGCCACGAGGAACCCUAUAUUCGUGGCGGUAGCUUAGAUGUUAUUAAGAUUGGUCACACUUUUUCCAACGAACCAGGCAUUUAUAUUGAGGGCAAAGUGGGCGUCCGAUUGGAAGAUUGCUUCUAUAUUAAUAGUGAUGGCCAAUCGAUCUUCUUGACUGAAGGCAUUGGGGGGCAAGCUUUAUCACCAUGGGAUCCUUAA